GACUGGUCCAUACGCGCUACUAUGGGGUGGCUUUGGAUCGCUGUGGCAACAUGCGUGCUUGCGUCCUGCUCUGUCAAAGGAAACGACUGGUGGUUGGAGUAUGAAGAGGGGAUACGACACUACAGCAAGGAGGCCCUUAAUAAGGAGUUUCCAGAGAAAACUCGACCAGUGAGCUUCAAGCAUCCUUCGUUCCAGUGCCCGGACAUGAGCCCUUCUCCCUCUGUCCCCUCCUCAGUUGAAUUUGUGAAGGCGGCAGAUAUCAAAGUCAUCGCCGCCUUGGGGGACUCUCUGACAACGGCCAUAGGUGCUAAUGCCACCACUGUCCUAGGCAUUCCUAUCGAGUUUCGUCACGUGUCAUGGAGCAUUGGAGGCUAUGGGACAUAUCAGGAUGUCAUUACUUUGGCAAAUAUUAUCAAGCUGUUCAAUCCCAGUCUGCUCGGUGCUUCUCCUGGAAAGACAGUUCAUGGGAUGCAGGCUCAUAUCAGUGAAACAGGCUUCAAUCUGGCUGUGACUGGACAUAACACCUUCAACCUCCCCAGCCAGACGAGACAUUUGAUAGACACACUGAGAGGUUAUGAGGGUCUGAACUUUGAGGAGGACUGGAAGCUUUUGACUAUUCUCAUGGGCAUGAAUGACAUCUGUGAUUACUGCAAAGAUAAAGCUCUUUUUUCAGUCGAUAACUUCGUGCACUACAUGACCGUCUCGUUGGAAAUGCUUAUGAAUGAGGUUCCCCGUAUGAUUGUGAAUGUGGUUCAGAUCCUGCCCAUGCAGACUUUGAGGGAGGUGCAGAAGCCCACCCCAGGGUGCUUACUCCAGCGGUCAUUCUGCUCAUGCCUUAUUGAGCCAGUAGCCAGGUCUCCUGAACUGCGAGAGCUGGUGGAGGUUAACCUGGAAUUCCAGAAAAGACUCGAGGAGCUGCUGUACAGCGACCGUUUCUUCAGGGACGACUUUGCUGUUGUUCUUCAGCCCUUUCUGAAACACGCUGACCCGCCCCGCCUCCCGAAUGGGAAGAUUGAUAUGACCUUCUUCACUCACGAUUGCUUCCACUUCACCAUAAAGGGACAUGAGGAGCUGGCCAAGGGACUGUGGAACAACAUGUUUCAGCCUGAGGGAGGAAAGACGAUCGUGAGCAGCUUCUCUGACCCGAUCUCUCUCAUCUGUCCGCCUGUGGAACACCCAUAUAUCUUCACCCGACCGAUUGCGGCCAGGUCAGACCAACCUCCCCUCCGGUCUGAGUCUCCAUCAGCGGCAGCCAUGUUCCUGCUGCUCCUCUUGGCACAUUUUGGAUUUAUGUAGCUUUUACUUUCUAAUUUAAACCAUUUCUGUGUGGGGUAUUCCUGAGGCAACACACGCAGUGGCCAAGAGGAGUUUGUGAGCCGUUCGCCAGCUUGGAGGGAAUUACUGCAAACCGACAGAUAAUUUGACAGCAAACGUUAAAAUUAUGUAACUUAAAUAUUACAUUUAUAGAGCAUGUUGGAGACGGACAAGUCGAGCAGAGGGGUCUUCAGAUGGUUGGGGUUGUCUCUAUAAUACUGAACAGUCUUUACUAGAUAAAGUGCCUUGAGAUGACUGGUGUUGUGAACUGGCGCUAUAUUAAUCAAGCUGGGCUGAGAAAUGCUAGUUUUUAGCAGAAUGUUUUACAGUUUUUAAUUGAGAUUUAAUUCAUCUUUUC